AUGUUACUGAGUCUUCUUGCGAGGCUUUGGGCUUUCCGCCGACAUCAAUCAAGUGCGAAGAUGUUCACCAGUUCAUACGUACGAAUUCAAACGCAACCAGCAUGUGCUGAGCUCAUCAGCAGUGCAUAUCCAAUGGUCAUGCCGGGAUUUGAAUCCGAGACAUCUGACAUACGAGGCGAGCGUGUAACCACUACUCCACCGACGCAGAUUCCGAGGUUCAAAUCCCGGCAUGGCCAUUGGAUAACAGUGCUGAAUAAUUACGCCAGAAAAGGAGGACGACUUCUGAAACGAGAAUCAAAACAGGUUUGGGGAGCUUUCACUGAUGUGUUAGAUCUCAACACCAAGUGGUUCUUCGCUAAAAUGGGAUAA